CUGUUAACCACUGCCAUUAAUGUCAUUUCUACGUGAAAAUAUGGUUGUGAGUUCGUAAAAAUUGUUAAGUGUUUUUUUGAUGGUAUAUCGAAGGUAAACAUGCCAAGAGUAUAUAAAAGGAAAACUGCCCGGGAGGUGGAUGAGAGACGCAUGAGGAAUGCAAUUUGUGCAUAUCUAAAAGGCGAGCUGGGUCUCAAUGCUUCCGCAGAGAGGUUCAAUGUGAAGAGAACAACUCUUCAAUCAAGAGUGAAAUGCCUGCUAGAAAAGAAAGAGAAAGAAGAAAUAAUCAGAAGCAUGGAGGACUCUGGCAAUGAAAGUGACGAUCAAUCACGCCUUUCCAAAUAUGGAAAUAAAUUCAAAACAUCGCAAAUAUUCUCUGUUGAAGAGGAACGGGAGCUUGCCAAAUACCUCAAGCAAUGCUCAAACCUAAACUAUGGUCUAACUUAUCACCAGAUUGAACAACUGGCAUAUGAGUAUGCAAAGGGUAUACCCGGAGAUCUGGUUCCAGAUAAAUGGGAAGAAAGGAGAUGUGCUGGAACGGAAUGGAGAAAAGGAUUCAUGAGACGGAAUGCUGACCUAUCACUUAGAAAACCAGAGAGCACGAGUUUGAUGAGGGGCACUGGCUUUAACAAGCCUAGGGUCAUGGAGUUUUUUGAUAAUUACGAAAAAGUAAUAAAAAAAUAUUGCUUUAAACCAGAACAAAUUUAUAACCUGGUUGAAACUGGUUUGUCGACUGUCCUGAAGCCAGUCAAAGUUGUGAGCACAAAAGAGAAAAAACAGGUCGGUCAAGUUUCUAGUGCAGAAAGGGGAGAAACAGUUACGUUUGUCGGAAUUAUUAAUGCCAUUGGUGGAUCAAUACCGCCUGUCUUUAUAUUUCCAAGACUUCGGAAUAUUGAUGAGUAUUUGACCGAUGGGCCAAUUGCCAGCAUUGCCUUGGGGAACAAAUCUGGUUGGAUGACUUCCGAACUAUUCAUAGAAGUGCUUCGGCAUAUUGUGCAAAAAACAAAAUGCUCGAUGGAGAAUAAGAUUCUACUUUUGAUCGAUAAUCAUGAGAGCCAUGUCUCCGUCGAAGCCAUUAUCUUUUGCCGUGAUAAUGGAAUAAUACUACUUUCCUUUCCGCCCCACACUACACACAAACUCCAGCCACUCGAUGUUGCAGUUUAUGGACCGUUUAAAUCUAAGUUAGCGAUCGCCCAGAAUGACUGGAUGAUUCAAAUCCAGGACGAACGCUGGCGAUACGGCAAAUCGCAAUGCAUGCAAAUAUCGCUUAUCUACAAACUUUCACUCCAUCCAAUGUAACUAGUGCCUUCAAGAAGACUGGAAUUUGGCCUUUCAACAGACUUACCUUCACUGAUGAAGACUUUACUCCUUCUAUCUUUACCGACAAACCUCUACCGAAAGAAAAAACGCCGGUGCCGGAUGGCCCCGAACCCAGACCUCAGGAAAAAACACCAGAGAAACAUACCACUCUGAAUGACUCAACCAUGGAACCCCUGCCUUCAACAUCACAAGUCAAUAGUGCUGAGACUGAUCCAACUUUCCAUUCCAACGACAUAUCAGGUCUUGCCAAGACAGGUGGUAAUACGAAUUUAAGCAUUCUCGAAAAAAUAAGACCGUUUCCCAAAUUAGACUCAUUGAACAUAAAGAAAAGAAAAAGGAAGACUGAAUCGAAAUCAAGAAUAUACACAGACACCCCAGAAUUUCAAAUAAAACAAAACAUACAACUUGAAAAAGACAGAAAAAAGAAAGUUGGUGAAACCAAAGUUAAAAGGAAAGUUCUCAUUGAGGAGUCAUCUAGCGAUUCUGACAUUUCGGCGGAACUUAACAAUUCAGACGAUGAUGCAGAAUCGUUCUCGUCUUUGAAAAUGGCGGGAGACGAAAGCGAAUACAACCUUCACGAGUUUGUUCUGGUAAAAUUCUCCAGGAAAAAGAGUGACUCCUAUUAUAUUGGGCAAAUCACCACGGUUGAUGACGACCAGAUGACGGUUUCAUUUCUCAGAAGAAAAGGAAAAUCAAAUUCUUUCAAUUUUCCUGAUGUAGAGGACACAAGCUCCAUUUCUCGUGACGACAUUGUAGCAAAGUUGGAAGUCCCACAAAGAACAGGCACAUCGGCAUCCAGAACAUUGUGUUCAUUCCGUUUCAACUACAAUUUUGAGUCGUAUGAUGUAAGGUAGAGAAGAUGGAGGAAAACAGACUUUUUCUAAUCGGUAGAAUAGGUGUUACUUUAUUUUUCUCUUGAUUAAACUGAAAUAAUAUGACCUCAGUUGUU